GCUGGUGUGACAGCCCUGACAGCCUCUGCAUCACAGCCAUUUCUACCAUGAAGACCAUCGGGGGGCUCCUUCUGCUCUGCACAAUGACUCAGUUCUUCAGUAACCCAGAAGCGGCUAGUCUGCCUUUAACAACAGUGGACUGCAGCAUUUACAAGAAGUACCCAGUGGUGGCGAUCCCCUGCCCCUUCACAUACCUGCCCGUUUGUGGUUCUGACUACAUCACCUAUGGGAAUGAAUGCCACCUAUGCAUUGAGAACUUGAAAAGUAAUGGAAAAGUUCAGUUUCUUCAUGAAGGAAGUUGUUAACUUCUCCACAGACAUGGGUACAGAGCGAUGAUAUCUUCACCGUCAUCAUCAUCCUUGGCUCUGUCUCAUCUUGGCCAGUGCUUUGGGCAGUGCUCUCUUUUUUGAGUGAAGAAAGUCGUGGUCUUCCUCAAACUCAUGCCUUACUGACUUCCAGGCUUCUUUUUGUACCUCAAUAAAAGAAU